UGGGCGCCGAUCUUCAUGCCGGCGGCAGCCCUCAAUCACAGCCUGCUGCGAGCGGCGGCCCUCUAUCCGAUCAUGCUGAACUCGACGCUGCCAGGGAUCCUGGAUAGCAUGAAACUUCCUUCCGCCCAGCGAUCCGGCUUCCACAUCAGCGACAUCCUUGAACUCAACAGUCACCACCAUCACCACCAACACCAGCAGCACCAAAACUCCGUCCACAGCAAGGAAUACUCGCAUCUUCAUCAACCGACCAGUGCCAGCAGUACUCCGUCCAACGUGGUCGAUCCAACGGCUUCCAGAGUUGAGCCGGUCGAGUACGCCACAGACGCAUCUCAAGAUCAGCCGGACGCCCAACAACCGCAUCAGUUGGGACAGUACAGCAGUGGUGGUGGUGGAGCGUCGUCCGGAAGUGGCUACAUUCCGUUACAAACUGUGGUCAAUCCACCGCCGGCUUAUGGAGAGUUGCCUUCGUACUAUCAUCAUCACGCGACGCAUCAUCUUUUUCACGGAGGAAGCGCAAGUUCUGCGGGGAGCGCAGGACCAGGUCAUCCAACGACGUUGGGGUCCAGAACGUGGUACUACGACACUAAUGGUACGGAUUAUGUUCCCGCCGUGAUCCAGCAGCACAUCGAAUCCGCCGGCGGUGCCCUCCACCAGCAGGUCAGCCCGGACAGCACAUCCCCGGUGGCCGCCGGCACGGAACUAUCCCCGUACACCACCACAACCAUCGGCGGAACCAACUACAACAUUCCAACGGCGGUCAUCGAGCAAUCGGACCGACUUGCGGCCGCCCUAGACGGUGGCCGCAGCACCGAUAGCAACAACAACAACGGUCACGCCACGUGCGACGGAGAAUCGCUGGACGAUAGCAUCGAGGUGGGGAAUUCCGGGGACGAUCGGCCUGGGAGCAAUGGGGAAGGAGGUGUCGGCGGGGGAAGUGGCCAACCCGGACAGAAGAAGCGCAAGCGGAGGAUUUUGUUCAACAAAACGCAGACUUACGAGCUGGAGCGACGGUUCAAGCAGACGCGGUACCUGUCGGCGCCGGAACGGGAACAUCUGGCCAGCAUGAUCAAUCUGUCGCCGACGCAGGUCAAAAUCUGGUUCCAAAACCAUCGGUACAAAACGAAGCGCGCCCAGACGGAAAAGAUGCCGGGCUUUGCGGGUCAUCACUUGCAGCAGCAGCAGCAGCACCAGGUUGGGACCUCCCCCAAGCGAAUCAACGUUCCGGUGCUGGUCCGGGAUGGGAAGCCAUGUUUGGGAUCGCAGACGAUGGCCCAGCAGCAGCAGCAGCAGCAUUUUCUUCCCGGAAGUUUGCACUCGCUGGUGGCGGCGACGGCGGCUGGAGCUGGAGGGCCGGAAUCGGUUGGGAUUGGGUACCAUCAUCAGCCGGCGGGAGGAGGGCAGGGGAUUAUGGGGAAUGGAGCGAGGUGGUGGCCGUAGGAG